CCUCGACAACCCUUUCUUACAUCUUUAUGUUAUUCAGCGCCGAGCAAAGUAUUAGCGAUCCGACGUCUGAAUACCUUUUCGUCACUACCUCCAACGCAUAAGCGUCGUCCGUCCGCUUCACAAUGACUUUCCAACAAGAACUCUCGUCUUGGGUAUCAAACCACAAAUCCGCGCCCCCAACAGCAGAACCCGUUCGAGUUGGAGACAAGGCGCCAAACGCCCCCAAACUCGGCGUUGAAGCCAAACCUACCAUUUUAGCCUUUUUGAGGCACGCUGGAUGCCCGUGGGCGGAGAGGACAUAUGUGAACAUGCGCUCGGCCGCUAAGACGCACGGCGAUAUCGAUUUCAUCGCCGUCUCUCACAGCGAUAAAGCGGCGACCGACAAAUGGCUGAAAUCACUGCCGGAGCCGGGCAGCGAGCCUCCCAAUCUACGCAUCGUGGUGGACGAUAAGAGAGAAACGUAUGCUGCUUGGGGGCUUGGCAAUUCCGGCUGGCUCCAUGCUCUGGGCAUUGGGCAACUGUGGAACGUGUACAAGGCUGGCCGGGAUGAAGGGCUCAAGGUGCGACCGACGGAGAGCGGAAGCCGCUGGCAGACGUCGGGCUGGUACGCCGUCAACGACAAGGGUUUCGUGACGUGGGGAGCUCAGGCGACCAGGGCUGACGAUGUGCCGGACUUUGAAAAGGCUGUCGCGAGCCUGGGCAGGAGUGGCGCGAAACUGUGAGCAUGCAGGAACUGUUUCCCCGACUGUUGAAUUUUGCUGGCGGACUUGCACGAUUCUGCUUUGAUUUGUACGAUGUGCGAAAGAGAUGUGUCGAGGUCUUGAACGAGAU